UUGACUGACAUUACAUUGAACCAUUAAGAACACACAUUUGAACUACUAAGAAUAGGCGGAACUUCCUACCAACCUUGGUGUUGCGGCCUUAAUUGAAGGGCACUGGACUCAUUCGGUUUGUGCAGAGGUCGCGUGUUAAGGACCACUAAUCAUACAUCAUGGCAGGACAUGAUGGUGGCAGCCAGCACCAGUUCACUGGGAUUGCAAAGUACUUUAAUUCAUACACAUUGACAGGACGGCGAAAUUGUGUCUUGGCUACGUAUGCCAGCCUAGUAGCCAUUGCGCUUUUCUUCAAACUGAAGCCCAAGAAAAAGCCUGCAGUCACAGAAAAGUGAUCAUGUUUCCAUUUUGACCAUUGUUUCUAUCCUUUGGAAGUGGAGAGGGCAGAGGGACGUGCUUUUAAUUGAGUGUUUGUGUUCCCUGUAUUAACAAUAAAGAACAUUUGUGCCCAAAACAUAGAAA